AUCCGGUUCAGCUCGAGUUGGUUCGAUACCCUUUUUUUUUUUUUUUUAAUCUUCUCGAAUUCUGUUUCGUUUCGCUUAGUUUCGUCUCUGCGAGCGAUUUCGAGAAGCACGAAAAUGGUUUCAAGACGUCUCUUCACUCUCCUCUGUUUCGUCGUCUUCUCAACCUAUCUCUCUGUUUCCGAAUCGAAAGUCUUGGAGCCUCACGCCGCUGAAUCUUUCAAUGUCAGCCUCAUCCAGAGAGUGGGGACUAGUUGUUCUUACACCGUGAUCAUCUCGACGAGCUGUUCGUCAUCGAGGUACACGCGCGACCAGAUCAGCAUCGCUUUCGGAGAUGGAUACGGAAACCAGAUAUACGCACCAAGGCUUGACGAUCCAUCUACAAGGACGUUCGAGCAAUGUUCAUCAGAUACGUUUCAGAUAAACGGACCAUGCACAUACCAAAUAUGCUAUGUGUAUCUCUACAGGUCUGGUCCAGAUGGUUGGAUCCCAGAGAAUGUUAAGAUAUAUAGCCAUGGCUCCAAAGCGGUCACUUUCCCUUAUAACACGCACGUCCCUGAGAGUAUAUGGUAUGGUUUCAAUUACUGCAACAGCGCCUCGGAUUCUAGUGUCCUAGCCAUUAGUCUGAGAAGGAUCGUGCUCAUACUCCUCGGGUUUAUUGUCGCCGGUUCAAGCUUGCUCUUGUAAGCUGUUAUGGUUCUGGUUUUAAUGUCGGUUUUUGUGUGAACAUAUUAGGGAACUUAUGCAGAAUAAAUAAAUGUGUACUGUUCCUUGGAGAUUGGGUCUAUAUAUAGGCCUCGGAAGAUUUCCUUCAGAUCUGUAAUAACUAGUAUAAAGCUAUGUUCAAGUUUACAGAGUGUGUAGAUUUUGUUUGUCAUUUGGUUCCACACCAGGUGUUGAUCUUGUUGUGUCCAUA